AUGGAGCGCCGAUGCAGCGCUCCGGCGACGCCUGCCACCCGCAGGAACUUCCGCUCCGUCGCCCACCGCGUUUCUUUCUACUCAGCAACCGCGACUCCCCGCGCCUACUGCGGCUCCUCCCGGGCGUCCACGCCCGCGAGCGAGCGGACCGCCAGCCUUGGGCGUCCGGCGUCCUUUCUCGACAACGACGACACCGGAAAGAGCAACUGCAACGACGAUAGUUAUUCCGGCAGAGCCGAUUCUUCCGGCGGCGGCGGCAGCGGCGGCGGGAGAAGGUUUUCCGUCAGCGGAAGGAUGAGGAACAAGACGUGCAGCGGCUUUACCGAGAGCGGCUCCAACGGUGGCGAGAGGAUGAGCGGGAGAACCGGGGGAUCAGGGGAACCGUCGACGACCGUGACUGCGGGAUCGGCGGUCAGGCUGUCUGCGGAGGCCUCCGCCAUUCUGAAUGCCUGGUCUCCGCCCGCGGCAGGGGGUGACUCGUCGGCGAGAACGGAUCGGUGCACGGCAGCCCCGGGGGCGGCUGCAACGGCUGGAGCAAGGUGGCAAGGCAAGCCAAAGGCUCUGGUCGGCCCCUUGGCCUUGGAUCGAGCUGUCAGCUCCCGUCGGAUGGAGCUCGCGCUACCGGAGAAGCCGGCCGUCGUUAUCAAGGCCGCGGGGGCGCGCAUGCUCAAGCGACUGGAUUCACAGAUCUAG